GGGCUAGUUUGGAAAAGGACCGCGCCUCCCGGAAGUGUUGUGGGCGGUGCCUGAUGCAGGAGGCGGCGGCGCGGAGCCUGCGGCGGGGCUUGGAGAGGCUGCGACCGCUCGCGAAGAAUAAGACGCUGCGAUACGGGGUCCCCAUGAUGGAAGACCUAGCCAGCAAUGUGGACAGCUCAGUGAAAAGAUCUACAUGCAUUGUGAUGGUCAAGAAAGCAAACAAGGUUUUUAAGCUCCUGAUUAUUGGUGGGUCCUUUGGUCUCCGUGAGUUCACUCAAAUCCGUUAUGAUGCUCAAAAACGCCACAGAAAGAUGGAUCCAGCUUUGGAAGAAAGAAUCAGAAAGAAUAAGUUAUCAUUGGAAUCUGAAUAUGAGAAACUGAAAAGCUCUGACUUUGAUGACUGGAAGAACGUCAGAGGGCCCCGUCCAUGGGAGGAUUCCAAGUCUCUUCAAGAGCAGCAGCAGCAAGUUCUUCAUUCCAAGCCAUCUUGACUGUGUGCGCUCACUCCGGUGUCUUUAUAGAAUCACUGCUAUGCCAAUGCCUGGGCUUUCUUGCUUUCUAAUCCUGUGUCCAGGGAGAGACAUGGGUGGGGAAAAACCAAGUUGACAGGUGGUUUACUUGAGAUCAAUCUGAGAUGAAAUGUUAAAUAAAGAUCUUUGUUCAACUGCAUCCAUUUGCAUAGAAGCCCAUAGACCGUGUAUAUUAAUUCUUAAUAAAGUUCAGCCCAUUCUUUCA